UGCAUAGCCGCAGCGGAGUCCGGUGGGUUCGGAAACCUGUGGCCCUGCUCUCCGCGCGUCCCCGUCCCCCCGUGGCCCUAGCCCGGGCCAUGAAGCGCAUCUUCUCCUGCUCCAGCUCACAGGUUGCGGUGGAGAGAUGGAACCGCCGUGAUCAGAAGCUGCUGGAGGCAGUGCAGCGGGGGGAUGUGGGGCGCGUGGCUGCCCUGGCCUCCCGGAAGUCUGCCCGACCCACCAAACUAGACUCCAACGGCCAGUCCCCGUUUCAUCUGGCGGCCUCCAAAGGCCUGACUGAAUGUUUGACUAUUCUGCUUGCAAAUGGGGCUGACAUCAACAGCAAGAAUGAGGAUGGAAGCACCGCCCUGCACUUGGCCACCAUUUCCUGCCAGCCACAGUGUGUCAAAGUCCUGCUGCAGCAUGGUGCCAAUGAAGAUGCUGUGGAUGGAGAAAACCGCAGUCCAUUGCACUGGGCAGCCUCCUCUGGCUGUGCCUCAAGUGUGCUCCUGCUAUGUGACCACGAAGCCUUCUUGGAUGUUCUGGAUAAUGAUGGACGUACACCCCUGAUGAUCGCAUCGCUGGGUGGUCACGCAGCUAUCUGCUCCCAGCUGCUGCAGAGAGGUGCCCGAGUUAAUGUUACAGACAAGAAUGACAAAUCGGCUCUGAUCCUGGCCUGUGAGAAAGGCAGCGCUGAGGUGGCUGAGCUGCUCCUGAGUCAUGGAGCAGAUGCAGGGGCAGUGGACAGUACAGGACAUGAUGCCCUGCACUGCGCUCUCCACUCACAGGACAGGGCACUGCGGAGGCUGCUGCGGCAGGCCCUGAACCGGCGACGCAGGGGAGGUCAGAGGCUAGUUCAACAUUCAGAUCUUGCUUCCCAGGUCUCCCCAUCUGAGCCCCAGGUGGGCUCUCCACCUAAGAGCCCAUGGAGAGCAGAGCCUGAGGAGGAGCAAGAAGAAGAGGACGAUGAAGAUCCAUACUCAGAGGAGUGGAGGUGGAAAUAUGAAGAGGAGCAGAGGAAAGUUUCUCAGUUGGAACAGGAGCUGGUACAAAAGACAGAAGAGUGUAAGGCUCAAGCUGCAGCCUACUUGGGCCUGGAGAACCAGAUUCGAGAGCAGGUGCAGGAGCUGGAGCUCCUCCUAUCCCAAGAGCCUGGAACUCCAGGAGGGCAAGGUUCUAGUGCCCGGCCUGGAGGGGAUGGCAUGGAGCAGGGAUGUCCCCUGGACCUGCUGGCAGAACGCAUACGUGAGCUAAAGAAGCAGCAUCAGGCAGCCACAGCAAACCCAACAUUAGAACCCAAGAAGGUCCAGGAAUCAGUCCCAAGGGAGAUCCAGUAUGAAGCCCAUGAAAAAUCCCAACCAGAACAGGGGCCACCCCACAGCCCAAGGUCUGAGACCAUUGGGAAGGCCACAGGCCAACAACUGACUACUAAUGGGGGACAAGCCGUUGGCCCUGGUUGUAUGGACCAACCGAAUGCUGGCCAGAAGGAGAGGCCCCAGGCCCCAGGGGCUGAACCAGCAGGCACAGUGGCUGAACAAGUAGGCUCAGCAGCCAUGAACCAGCUCCUGCUACAACUAAGGGAGGAAUUGGCUGCAGUGUGGCGAGAAAAGGAUGCUGCCCGGGGGGCUUUAUCUAGACCAGUCCUGGAGGGGGCCCUGGGUACUUCCCGGGCUGAGGCUGCAGCAGCUGCAUGGGAAAAGAUGGAGGCCCGGUUGGAGCAGGUGCUGGUGAGGCUGGAUCGGGCAAAGGCAGGACUACAGGUGAAAUCUGAGGUUCCAGCCCAGGAGCCCAGAGAGAGAGCCCCAAAGGCAGCCACAGGGAGCAUUACCAAAGAGAAUGAAGAGAAGGAGAAAAGAGUUCCUAGGGCCUGGGGGGAGCCUCUAGGAGCUCCUGGAGGGGAACAGGCCCUGGGAGGGGGACUGGCCAAAGGACAACUGGAGAAGGAGGUGUCAGCACUGAGACUGAGCAACAGUAACUUGCUGGAGGAGUUAGGGGAGUUGGGACGAGAGCGGCAGCGAUUGCAGGGGGAGUUGCAGUCUCUGAGCCAGCGGCUACAGCGGGAGUUUGUACCCAAGCCCGAGGCACAGGUUCAGCUACAGCAGUUGCGGCAGAAUGUGGGGCUGUUGACGGAUGAACUGACUAUGGAGAAGGAGGCCACAGAGAAGCUGCGGAAGCGCCUGGCCUCCCAGAGCAGUGGCCUCCGAGAGCUGUGGGACUGCCUGCCCCCAGACCUAGUGGGGAAGGGGAGUGCAUGGGGUACAGCGGCCAUGCCCUUGGAGGAGCUGCAGACCUGCAUCAGUACCCUGGUGGACAGGCACCGCCAGGCCCAGCAGGUACUGGCUCGGCUUGAGGAGGAAAACCAGCAGCUGCGAGGAACCCCAGCCCCAUGUGGGGAGCCAGGCACUUCCUCAAAGGCCUUGGCAUCUCCUCAAGUGGCGGCUCUGGAGCAAGACCUGGGGAAGCUGGAGGAAGAGCUGCGGGCUGUUCAGGCCACGAUGAGUGGAAAGAGUCAGGAGAUAGGAAAGCUGAAGCAGCUGCUCUACCAAGCCACAGAGGAAGUGGCUGAGCUGAGAGCUCGGGAGGCGGCCAAUUUGCGGCAGCACGAGAAAACUCGGGCUUCACUGGUAGCCCAGGCCCAAGCUUGGGGCCAGGAGCUGAAGGCCUUGCUAGAAAAGUAUAACACAGCCUGCCGGGAAAUGGGUCGGCUUCGGGAGGCCGUAGCCGAGGAGCGCCGCAGGAGCGGAGACCUGGCUGCAAGCGCUGCUGAGCAGGAGCGACAGGCCAGCGAGAUGCGUGGGCGCUCGGAGCAGUUUGAGAAGACAGCAGAGCUGCUGAAAGAGAAGACGGAGCAUCUCAUUGGAGCUUGCCGGGACAAGGAGGCCAAGAUCAAGGAAUUGUUGAAGAAGCUGGAACAACUUUCAGAGGAGGUCCUCUCGGUUCGGGGAGAGAAUGCUCACCUUGCCCUGCAGCUGCAGGAUUCCCAGAAGAACCAUGAAGAGAUCAUCUCCACCUAUAGGAAUCAUCUCCUGAAUGCUGCUCGGGGCUAUAUGGAGCAGGAUGUGUACAACAUCUUGCUGCGAAUCCUCAGCAUGCAGGAGGAGUGAAGCCGCCUGGGCCUGGAUACGGGAUUUCUCUGUUGAAACAAGAGCAUCCCCAGUUGCCAGAGGCUCUAUCAGGCUGGGGAGGGUGAGG